AUGGAGACUCGGGUUGGUGGAGUUAGGGCGAAGGAGAUUACGGAUGAGCUGCCGUUUGAUAAAGCCAUUCACACCGACACAAUUGGUUUCACGGGUGGGUUAUGGCUUUUGUGGAAUGAAGAUAGAGUGGAUAUAUCUCAAUUAGCAAAUACGGAACAGGAAAUCCAUGUGAUUGUUAAGGUACGAUGCUCAAACCUUAAUUGGUUGUUAUCUGCGACUUAUGCUAGCCCUAGGUGUGCUGAUAGACAAGUGUUAUGGAGUAAUCUUAAGAUGAUGGCAGAAGUUCAUGAGAUGCCAUGGGUAAUGGCAGGCGAUUUUAAUGAGCCAUUAAUGGAGGAUGAUAAAUUUGGUGGAAGGGGGUUGAGUGUUAGUAGAGCGCUUCAGUUUAAGGAGUGUUUGGAUGCUUGUAGUAUGAUUAACAUAGGUUUUUCGGGUCCGAUUUUUACUUGGACGAAUAGACGGGAGGUGCAGGCUCUUAUUCAGGAGAGAAUUGAUAGAUUUUUUGUGAAUUCUCAAUGGUGUUUGAUGUACCCUGAGGCUCGAGUGGUCCACCUCACAAGGUGCCACUCUGAUCACGCUCCUAUUCUUUUGGAAUUGCAGCCCAGAUUUCAUGAGAAUAGGAGAAAUUAUUUAAAUUUCAAACUUGUUGGCUGUCUAAUUGCACCUUUCCUUCUGUUGUUACCCAUGCUUGGAGACAGUGUACAGGGUUGGCGUAGGCUAUUGAGGCAUUCUCUAAAGAGGCAACCAAGUGGAAUAAGGAGCAAUUUGGAAACGUUUUUUAUAGGAAAAAGAAUAUCAUGGCCAGAUUAA